GAAGAAAGAGAGUAGCUUUUGUAGGCACGAGUUGCAAUUGGCCUGAACCACCACCACCACCACCAACAAUGGAAGAUCUGCCGUUUUAGCCACCUUCAUUAGAAUGUGGAGAUCGGCGGAAGAUCGGAAGUAGAAAGCCGCCGGAGCUUUGUUCUGUUCUUGGAAAGGUUUCUGCUAUCUAUUUGCUUAAGAUUUUGGCCAAAGGAGCUUAAGAGGGAAGAAGCUGAGUAAGUGGCUGAAAUGGGUUGCUGUUACUCGAGAUUAGAGAGAGAAGAGACUGUUUCCAGGUGUAAAGCAAGAAAGAGGUACAUGAAACAGCUGGUGAAGGCGAGGCAAGCUUUUUCUGCUACUCACAGCUUGUAUAUUCGUUCUCUUCGUGGCACCGGCGCUGCUCUCCGGCAGUUUUCCAAUGCAGAGACCUACAUCCGCCGCCCUCAGCAGCAGCAGCAGCACCACCACCACCACCUUCCGCCAGUGCUUCCAUCUCCAACCCCACGAACGCCGCCGCCGCCUCUACCUAUCCCCAUGAGUCCAAGUUCUGACACCUGGACAUCGAUCACGGCAUCCCCGGCAUUGCCUCCUCCGCCGCCGCCGCCGCCGUCCUCCACAUGGGAUUUCUGGGACCCUUUUGUGCCAUCGUCAUCUCGCACUGUGACUGAGGAAGAAUGGGAGGCUACCACCACUGCAUCGGAGGCUAUGGUCACUGUAACUGGGGCAGCGAGCUCAGCGCCGCCACCGUCAGUGGUGAGUGGUUUUUCAAAGGACACAUCGAGCACUGAGCUUGCCAUGGUAGUGUCGAGGAACACCAAAGAUCUAGUGGAGAUUAUCAAGGAGCUUGAUGAGUACUUUCUCAAAGCUGCCGAUGCUGGUGCUCAGCUCUCUUCGCUUUUGGAAGUCCCCACUUUUUCUUCUCAGAAAAAAGGAGCAGGGCAGGUUUACAAUAAUGGGUGGAGCUUGAGCCCUACGUUGAGGAUGUGGGGUUCAAACACAACACCACCAAAUGCAUUUGGUAAGUUAAAUGGAGAAAUAACAACACCAAAUAUGGGAAAUGGAUGUGCUGGGAAUAGUGGCAGCCACUGCUCCACAGUGGAGAAGCUGUACGCCUGGGAAAAAAAAUUGUACCAGGAGGUGAAGAAUGCUGAGGCCAUAAGGAUAGAGCAUGAGAAGAAGUUGGAACAAUUGAGGAAGCUAGAGCUGAAGAGGGCUGACUAUGUAAAGACUGAGAAGACUAAGAAGGAGGUUGAGAAGCUGGAGUCACAGAUGAUGGUUGCUUCCCAGGCCAUUGAAACCACAUCAGCUGAAAUCGUCAAGCUAAGAGAAACUGAGCUCUAUCCACAACUCCUUGAGCUUGUCAAAGGAUUGAUGUGCAUGUGGAGAAGUAUGUACGAGUCUCAUCAGGUUCAAACACACAUUGUUGAACAGCUAAAAUAUCUAAACAUCAUACCAUCAGCCGAUCCCACAUCCGAGAUCCACCGCCAAUCAACUCUCCAGCUUGAGCUUGAAGUCCAGCAAUGGCAUGCUUCUUUUUGCAAUCUAGUGAAAGCUCAACGGGAUUAUGUCCAAUCUCUUACAGCCUGGCUUCGGCUUUGCCUUUUACAGAUUAGUGGAACCCCAUUAUUAAGAACAGGUCAAGAUUCUAGAAUUUACUCACUUUGUGAAGAAUGGAACCUCGCAGUUGAUAGGAUUCCAGACAAAGUGGCUUCUGAAGGAAUCAAGAGCUUCUUAACAGUAGUUCAGGCCAUUGUUGUUCAACAAGCUGAGGAACAUAAGCAAAAGAAGAAGGCGGAUUCUGCCUCGAAAGAGCUUGAAAAGAGAGCUACCCAGCUAAGAUCACUAGAAAGCAAAUAUGUCUCACAUUCCAUGCGAGAAUGUUCAGCAUCCACGAGAGGGAGAGACCCAGUUCAGGAGAAGCAAAAUAAGGUGGAAAACUUGAGAGCAAAAGCUCGAGAUGAGAAACAAAAGCAUGAAAACUUGGUCAGUGUGACCAGGUCAAUGACAAUAAAUAAUUUGCAGAUGAGUUUUCCCCAUGUUUUCCAGGCAAUGGUGGGGUUUUCUAGCGUAUGUAUGCACGCAUAUGAAGCAGUUUACAAUCAAACUAAAAAUCCUGACCUGCAUGAGGUGAAGAGAUUACUACCCUAAGGACAAGACUUGAUUCUUGAGACAGCUAUUCCGACCAAUUCCUGUGCAUAAAUGUGAGCUCAGAAAGGGGGGUUUUGCUGGAAAGAGUGGAAGGAGAAAUCUGACAAAACUUCAUUCAUUUUGAUUGAAGAUUUCAUUAGGAUAAUGGAAACGAGGCGGCAAGUGGGCUACUUUGCUCGCUUUUACAAAGGGGGUAGGAAUGGCUGCGCCAGCUCAUCUGAAUUGCUGUGGAGAUUACAAAACAGGCUAGGGGUUUUGUAGAGUUGAUAGUUUUUAAACGAUUAUGGUCAGUCAUGUUGUUCAUGUAAAUAGAUAUCUCCACAUUUUCGGAAGUUUUAUUUGAUUGAUAGCACGGUUGGGCUUCCUUGGUGUUCAGGAGGAAAGGCCCGUUGUAAGGACCCGCAAGUUUCAUGCAAUUCAUAUAUUUGUGUCAA